AUGAGCAGAGUGGUUCAUAGGCGAGAUGGAGGAACAAAGAGGAGCGAGGACAGCAAGGAUGAAGAAUCCCGAGCCAAACCGGGCGGCGUCAACUUCUCCCUUCAGGCAAGUCUUCCUCCCUCUUCGCCAGUUGACCCCUUAAGGGGCAUGGGUCCGACUGGGCACGGAACCAGUUCCAGGCUCACCCAGAGGGACCCCCAGGCAUCAGACAACAUCGUCGCGUUCAGUUGGGGACACCUGGAGUUCGUCCGGCUCGUCUCGAUCUCCCACACCAUCGUGCUCUUCGAACAGGAGAGUCGGCUCAUUCUCAAAGAGUCCCCCGAGGGAAUUGCGCAGCUCGAGCUCCAAGGCAGCACCCGACGAGAGGGGUUGGAAGAGGGAAGAAACGCGCCAGGGAGAAAGUCGGGGAAGCUUCAAAUCUCGAGGGAAUCGUGGGACGAUAAAGACAAGGACGACGAGAAGGAAAAGGAGAGUGCCUCUGCCUCUGAUCUCGAAUCCGAUCUCGAUAUGGAUCGGACUCGAGCCAGGAGAUCAGUCGGGAACAUCGCCGAUAUCAGAAUGACCAACAAAUUCAACUUCUACGAAAGGGCCUCUCAAACCUAUUCCUUCGUGAAGAGGAAUAAAGGGACGGAGACGGAGCCGCCACCGAUGAUGAGGAUGGGCGGACAGGUGAACCAAUGGAUCAUCUACGACGCGUACCAGGAAGACCAGGAAUCCUUGGCCGGGACCGGGGAAGCCCACGGGGAGAGGCCGAGGUCCUCCAGCCCUUACCCCGGCGGCCAGGAGAAAGCGAAGGACAAGGUCAAGGUGAAGGUGACGUCGACCCCCGGCCAGCCCCCCGACAUCUCCGCUCUCCGUCACGCCUCCAAGAUCAUGGAGAGGAUGGUCAAUCAGAAUCUCUACGAUCCCAUCACUCUCGAUUUCAAGUACUGGGAGGACGGAUCGGACGAAUACAAGGAUCCAAUCGGGACGCUGUUGCCGUUGUGGACGUUCGUGUGUUCUCGGGCUCCCAAAUACAACGUCACCGGGCUCGUCUGGUCCACCAGCUUCCCCGAUCUCUUUGGCGUCUCCUACGGGUCCUAUGAGUACCGGAAACAGCCUGAAUACGGAGUGGUGUGUCUGUUCACUCUGAAGAACCCGUCGCACCCGGAGUACAUGUUCGAGACGGAGAGCGGGGCCAUGGCGAUAGACAUCCACCCGAAAAGACCCCAUCUCGUAUACAACUUGAAGCAAGAGGAGGGUCGGGGAGGGCUCCUGUGGCAAACGGAGCUCGACGAUGCCAAGACCAUGGAUAUCGUCUGGCAGGUGUGUUGGGGUGAGGACGACCCAGACGGUCAGGCGACUCUCUUCUCGGUGGCAGCCAAUGGGAAGGUGUAUCAAUGGACCCUGAUCCGACACGACAUGAGGAAACACGAGAUCCUCACUUUGGACCUGGAACCACCCAUCACGAAGUCCGACGGCAGACUCCUUCAUCUCAUCGGCAAGUAUUCCGUUGCAUCGGCGCAGCGUUUCUACGAUUCGAUCAGGUGUGGAACGGCGAUGGCGUUUCACCGGGCUCAGCCAACGCUGCUCGUCGUGGGCACGGAGGAAGGAAAGAUCUACAAGAGCAGUACCCUUUAUCAGUCCAAGAAAUUGACCCAAUACAUGGGGCAUCACAUGUCCAUCUAUGCUCUAUCCUGGAAUCAUUUCUAUCACGAUGUCUUCCUUUCCGCUUCCGCCGACUGGACCGUCCGCAUCUGGGACCACAAUCACAGAAGUGAGGCGUUGGUUACCCUGGAUUUGGGCAGUGAAGUUGGAGAUGCGGCCUGGGCUCCGUAUAGUAGUACCGUCCUUGCCGCCGUGACCAAUGAUGGUCAGGUGCAUGUCUAUGACCUUGCCGUCGAUUUUUACAAGCCCAUCUGUAUCCAGACGGUCGUUCCGCGGAAAAACAUGAAGCUCACCCACAUCGCCUUCAACCCCCUCCAUCCCAUCAUCGUCGUUGGCGAUGAUCGGGGGAAUGUGAUCAGCCUGAAGUUGUCACCAAAUCUCAGAAAGCAGUGCAAGGAGUCCAAAGGAGGAGAAGACAUCAAAACUUCAGAUUUGGAAUGCAAAAAGUUGACUCGCAUCCUCUCUUUAAUGGGGCACUUGUAUGGCUUGGAACCCAAGUGGUUUUGGAUGUGCUUGGCACGAGAGGAGGAGUCAAUGAAGGUCUUGUCACAUCGUGGGCAUGGGAAAGGUCGCAUGUUGAGGUGCUUCCGCAGGUAUUUGGCCGAACACGCCAUCUCCCAGCCUCAAGCUAGAAAGCUAGCAAAAGACUCGGUUUGA